AUGACAGUGACAUACACAGCCCGCGUAGCAAAUGCUCGCUUCGGGGGGUUCUCCAAGCUGCUGCUGCUUUGGAGGGGAAGCAUUUACAAACUACUCUAUCGAGAGGUGCUGGUCUUCCUCGGGGGGUACUUGGCACUGAGCGCCAUCUACCGCUUUAUCCUGACUGACAAUCAGAGGCCGUACUUCGAGAAGCUAGUCAUAUACUGUGACCAGUACGCCAACCUCAUCCCUGUCUCUUUUGUGCUGGGGUUUUAUGUCACACUGGUGGUGAAUCGAUGGUGGAGCCAAUACACGUGUAUGCCUCUGCCCGACGCCCUCAUGUGUGCAAUAUCUGGCUCGGUACAUGGCCGGGAUGAGCGGGGCCGCCUCUACCGGCGCACACUCAUGCGGUAUGCAGUCCUGUCCGCCGUGCUCAUCCUUCGCUCUGUCAGCACUGCUGUCUUCAAACGCUUCCCCACCAUGGACCAUGUGGUAGAGGCUGGGUUUAUGACCCGUGAGGAGCGGAAAAAAUAUGAGAGCCUGAAUUCAUCCUACAACAAAUAUUGGAUACCGUGUAUCUGGUUCGCCAACCUUGCUGCCCAAGCCCGCAAAGAGGGUCGGAUCCGAGAUAGCAGCACUUUCAAGCUGCUUAUGGAGAAACUGGAUCAGUUCCGGGCCAAAUGUGGGAUGCUGUUUCAUUAUGACUGGAUCAGUGUGCCCCUUGUCUACACUCAGGUGGUGACAAUCGCAGUAUAUAGCUUCUUCCUGGCUUGUCUUAUUGGGCGCCAGUUCCUGGACCCAGCCAAGGGAUACAAGAAUCAUAACAUGGACCUGUGCAUUCCUGUCUUCACCCUGCUUCAAUUCUUCUUCUACGUUGGCUGGCUCAAGGUGGCUGAGCAGCUCAUAAACCCCUUUGGGGAGGACGAUGAUGACUUUGAGACCAACUUUUUGAUUGACAGGAAUUUCCAGGUGUCAAUGCUGGCAGUGGAUGAGAUGUAUGAUGACUUGCCACUGUUGGAGAAGGAUUUGUACUGGGAUGCUGCAGAUGCCCGGGCCCCCUACACAGCAGCCACUGCUUUCAUGAUGCACCAGCCCUCCUUCCAGGGUUCCACCUUUGACAUUACGCUGGCUAAAGAGGACAUGCAGUUUCAGCGACUGGAGGGCAUGGAGGGGCAACUGGGGGAAGGUCCCUCGGUACCAGGAGACUUCUUGCACCGACUACUGGCAGGUGGCUCUGGCCCAGGUCUUGGCCGAAGACUGUCCUUACUUCGAAGGAAGAAUAGCUGUGUUUCUGAGGCUUCAACCACAGCCGGCUGUCCUUGUCCAGACUGUGGCCGAGAUGACUCAGCCACAGGUCCCCUCCUGGACCCACCCUCUGACACGGAGCCGGCCCCCCCUGCUGCUCCUGCUUCUUCCGCUGUGGAGCCCCCUCCCUCUGUGGUAGUGGUACCCACAGCCCGAGGCUCAACCCCUAAUCCUGCGCCAUUGCCUCCCUGGCUGCCUAGCCCAAUUGGAGAAGAGGAGGAGAGCUUGGCCUGA